AUGACUCAGGUCAUCAUGCCCGCUGUCUCGAGUCCCCAAGACGACCUGCAGACCGUUGUGGAAACUCGAACUCGGGAAUGGCACUUUCACAUAUAUUUCCUGCUGCAAUCGCCUGCGGAAACGGCCGCAGCACUUGCGCUCCGUGACGCUGUGCUAAGGCUUCGUCGCGACGGUGCUUUCGUUGCCGUUCCUCUUCAUAGGGUGAACAAGGAGCCCAUCGGGCCUCAUCCUGCUGGGUCGUACGAGAUCUGGGUUCCCGACUCGUCGUUCUCCGAUGUUUUCUUCUACCUGGCCACAAAUCGGGGAGCUUUAAGUAUCCUCGUUCAUCCUCUAACCUCACAACAACGCCGAGACCAUGAAUCUCGCAAUGCCUGGUUGGGCACGCCGUGGCCCAUUUACCUAGACGGAUUGCCUCGCGAGAGUAGCGAGGUACCCCUUCAGUACCCCCAGCUGCGCCUUGGCUGGUCCAGUGCAGCGGAACACGAGAUCUCGCUAGAUGAAAGGCGAAAGAGGGGAGCGAAGGUAGAGGCUUUGCUGGCCAAUGAUGUCGAGGCGGCUCCGGCUCCCCCGAUCUGA